AAGUCCAUCAUUAUUUUCAACAGCCUCAAUAAUAUCAAAGAAAAGUUUCUAAUAGCUAGGAUCCAACUUGAACAUGGCUUCUUCUUCUUCUUCAUCUUCUUCCAAUAAUUUCACCCCAAAAAAGUAUGAUGUAUUUCUGAAUUUCAGAUCAGACAAGGUUAAUAAGAAUUUUGUUAGCAAUCUCUAUGCGGCCUUACAUCGGAAGAAUAUCUACACAUAUGUGGAUCUCAAAAGUCAGGAACAGGAAGCAGGAAAAGAAGAAAUAUCUGAAUCGAAGCUAUUUAUAGUUAUUUUCUCUGAAAACUAUGCUUCGUCCCCAAAGUGUUUGGAUGAGCUUGUGUAUUUAUUAAUGAAAUGCAACACAAAUCAAUUGAAACAGGAACUUGUUAUUCCAGUGUUUUACCAUGUAGAUCAAUCUCAUGUGAGGGAACAAUUAGGGAAAAUGGUUACUCUGUUUGAACCAGAUAGAGUGGAUGAAUGGAGAAGAGCUUUUGAGGCUGUAGCAACCAAUACUCAGUUUAACUUUACUUCUUCAAUCAUUAAGUCUGAGUCCGAAUUGGUUGAGUUACUUGUGGAAGAUGUUUUGAGUAAAUUGAAUAAACUAAAAUCAUUAGAUAAUAAGGAAUCAGAGUACUUGGUUGGAAUUGAAUCCCGUGUGGAGAAGAUCAUAUCCUUGCUACGCAUUGGGUCACCAGAAGUUCGUAUUAUAGGGAUUUUGGGUGCAGGUGGUAUAGGUAAGACAACUCUAGCUCGUGUUGUGUAUGAACGUGUUGCUUCUCAGUUUGAAAGUAGCUGCUUUCUUGGAAAUGUUGACAAAGUAUCAAAUAGUCAAGAACUAAUCAAUCUACGGAAUAAGCUUAUUGGUGAACUGUUUGAGGAAGAAAGUUUAAGUAGUGAUGAUGAUCAAUAUUCGUUGUCUUUUGGGUCGACAUCGAGUAGCAGUAUUUAUUCUAAAGAUGGUUUUCGUCGUAAAAGAGUUCUUACAGUUCUUGAUGAUGUGAAUAAUUCAAAUCAAUUUGAGUUUUUAUCAAGAGAACAUGAUCUGUUUGGCUAUGGAAGUAGAAUUAUUGUUACAACUAGAAGUCUGCAAGUGCUUAAAAAUAUUGGAGCUAAUGAAGUAUAUCAGGUUGAAAAUUUGAACUAUGAAGAGGCUUUGCAACUUUUUCGUUCGAUUGCAUCAAGAGAAAGAAAUUUCUCCGAAAUAGAUUACACAGAGUUGUCAAAAGAGAUUGUGGAAUAUGUUCAAGGACUUCCACUGGCUCUUAGAGUUUUGGCAUCAUGUUUGAAAUACAAGAGCAAACAAGAUUGGGAGAAAGCAUUGGCUAAGCUGAGAAGAAUUCCCAACAUAGGAAUUCAAAAUGUGGUGAAAAUAAGUUUCGAUGAACUAGACGACAAUGAAAAAGGCGUAUUUUUGGAUACUGCAUGUUUUUUCAGAAACAAGGACCGAGAAACUGUGGAAAAUAUACUUGAUGGCCGAGAUUUCUCUACUAGUAACGUGGUGAAUGAUCUGAGGGACAAAUUUCUAUUGACUUUUGAUGCCAACAAUCAUAUUAAGAUGCAUGAUUUGAUUGUUGAAAUGGCUCGUGAAAUUGUUCGUCGUGAUACUAACAAGAGGAGUAGGUUGCUUACUAAUGAAAACAUUCUACACAUCUUUGAACAUAACACAGAAUCUGCUGCUCUAAAUGUUGAAGGAAUAUGUCUUGACAUGUCUGAAAUUGGAGAAGUUCAAUUGAAUAAAGUCUUCAAGAGUAUGAGGAAUCUAAGAUUGCUCGAAAUCCGUUCUUCUACCAACACAAUGAUGUCUUUGCAAUCUUUCUCUGAACAGAUUAAAUCGGUUAGGUAUUUGUACUGGGAGGAAUUCCCUUUGACAUCUUUGGCUGAAGGCUUCUCAUUGAAAAAUCUUGUUGAACUUGUCAUGCCAUAUAGCAAUUUGGAGAAAAUGUGGGAUGGAGUCCAGGAUCUUGUGAACUUGAGGAAGAUGGAUCUUAGUUAUUCUGUUCGAUUGACUCACAUUCCCAGUCUCAUCCGGGCUCCAAAUUUAGAGUCUAUAAACCUUGAGCAUUGUCGAAGCUUAACCGAAGCUUCUUUUCAUUUGGAAUAUCUUCCUAAGCUUACCACACUUGAUAUCAGUGGUUGUUCUUCUAUACACAAGUUUCCACAACUUCCAAGGAAUUUACAAAGAUUACAUAUGAGCGGAACAAACAUACAUGAAGUUCCACCUUCAUCAAUUGAAUCUCUCACUUGUCUUCAGACACUAUUACUUGCUAACUGUAAAAGGCUUGAGAGAUUGUCACCAAGUAGCUUUGAAAAAUUCAUAUCACUUCAAUAUCUCAACUUGAAUGGUUGCACAAAGUUGUCGAAUCUACCUGAAAUCUUUGAACCAAUGAAAAAUUUAGAACACCUUUAUCUAAGAAACACAGCAAUCAGAGAUUUGCCUUCUUCCAUUGCAAAAUUUCCUCGUCUCAAAACACUAGAACUGCAGCAGUGUCGCGAGCUUGAGCUGAUCCCGAAAAGUAUAUGCCAGUUAGAAAAGCUUGUUAUUCUCAAUGUUUCUGGUUGCAUGAAGCUAAAUGCAUUACCUCCAACAAUGUCUGUAGGUUUAAAGUCUUUGAGUCGACUGAACCUCAGCAACUGCAGCCUGUUAGAAAUUCCUGAGCAGCUCGGUUUGCUAGCCUCAUUAGAAAGUUUGGAUUUAAGUGGAAGCAUAAUUGAUAGAGUACCUGGAAGUAUUAGCAAACUUUUGAAGCUGAAACAACUUGACAUAAGCAAUUGUAAGAAUCUUCGAGCCUUACCAGAGAUUCCGUUGUUUAUAGAGUUUGUUGAUGCGCACGGUUGCACAUCAUUGAAAACUAUGUCCACUGUAAGUAAGUUAGCCCUUACACAACAAGGUUGGGAUCAUUUCCCUGUUCGUAGCGAGGAGCUUGUAUUUUUGAACUGCUUAAGAUUGGAUCACAAUGCGCGCAACAACUUGAUAAAUGAGGCUCGUCUAAGAAUCUUGCGCAUGGCAACUUUCUCUCGCUCGAAACAAGUACCUGAAUGUUCUUCUGUUAGCAUUUGUUAUCCUGGGAAUCAAAUUCCUAAGUGGUUCAACUACCGACGCAACGGGUCUUCCAUACACGUUAAGCUUCCACAUCAAUGGAGGAACUCCAACUUCUUGGGAUUUUCUCUAUGUGUUGUUGCAGCGCCUUUUUCAGAGGACAAUUUCCAUCAGCAAAUCCAUUUCCACUGUGAAUUAAAUUUCCUAGACAAGAAUGGUAAUACUCAUAAAUGCAAAAGCUUUUUGAGGGGUUAUAAUAGUCAAGAUAAUAAUGAUGAAGAUACAUCCAUAAGAUUAAGAUGUCUCAACUCAGAUCACUUGUUCAUAUGGUAUGACUAUGGUUUGUAUCUUCAUGAAAUGGAAGCAACAGAUACAUUUAGUGAGGCAUGGUUUGAAUUCUAUGCAAUAGAUAGUUGGGACAGAAAAGUGAACUCCUGUGUUGUUGAAAAGUGUGGUAUUCACCUGUUGUAUCGCCAAGAGGCAGCUAGAUUCGGUUUCAGCACUGGUUUGUCUGAGCAAAGUGAUGCAAUAAUUGAAACAUAUGACAAUGAUGGUGGUGGUGAUGAUGAUGAUGAUGAUAUAGAUGACCAACAACAAUCUACGGAAAUCAACAGAACAAAAUCAAAUUUCGGAGGAUGCCUCUGGAUUAUUUCACUCAUUAGAGAGUUCUGUGAGCUUGGUACUGGGAAGAAAUCUGGAUAUGAUGAGGAGGAAGAGGACCACGUUAGUGUUGAAUUUGGUUAUAGAGUUGUACAAGAGCAAGCCAACACAUCAACUUUUGAAAAGCAAUUUCAGGAUGAAGCCAUAGACUCUAUGAAGUUAGAAGUACAGAAAUUAAAUCAAAAAGCCCAACAGAUAUUACAACAUUUUUCAGCAAACAAUUAAUUCUUGGCUUGGUAAUGUUAUUUGGUCGGAGUCUUACCUGAAUUUGCUGGUGUGUUUGAAUACUAAUCGUGAUCGUAGCCUACUUUACAAUGUUGUUGUGGCUACCUGUGCAGUAUCAGUUUACUUCAUUUGGUGAAACUGAAAUAUUUGUAUUUUUGAACAAAAUAAUGUUUGUAAUCUCUUAUAUGAAUAAUUUAAUUAGAGUAGUAUUUAGAGUGAGAUUACUUCUUAUUAAUAGGAGAAAACUUUUAAAAGAAAUUAACAAAUUUUUGAUUUUGUUUGUAAUUUUAAGUGAGUCUCUCUCUUGUUGGAUUGUGAAUACUAAUUUGUGUAGCAUUUACUCUGAUUAUUAAAAGUCUCCUUUAAUAAAAAAAUAAUUGAUCAUUAAUAGUCAUUCAAUUCA